AUGCCUCAAGCAGUUUCUUUGCCCACCUGGGCUGCCCUAGAAGAGCACUACAAGACCGUCGGCAAGACCUUCGUCUUAAAGGAAGCCUUCGCCGCUGAUCCAUCCCGUUUCGAAAAACUUAGCAAGACCUUCCGCAACAACGGCACAGAUAUCCUAUUUGAUUUCAGCAAGAACCUCGUCACCGAAGAGACGAUUAACCUACUAGUAAAGCUCGCAGAGGAUGCUGGCGUCGAGAAGAAACGCGAUGCUAUGUUUGCGGGUGAGAAGAUCAACUUCACCGAGAAACGAGCUGUUUACCACCCGGCAUUGCGGAACGUGAGCGGCUGGGAAAUGAAGGUGGACGGACAAGAUGUCAUGGGCGGCGUAAACGCCGUCUUGCAGCACAUGAAGGUAUUCUCCGAGCAGGUCAGGAGCGGAGAGUGGAAGGGAUUCACUGGAAAGAAGCUAACUAAUAUCAUCAACAUCGGCAUUGGUGGUUCUGACCUGGGACCUGUUAUGGUUACCGAAGCUCUAAAGCACUAUGGUGCUAAGGACAUGACGUUGCACUUUGUUUCCAACAUCGACGGCACUCACAUUGCGGAAGCCCUUGCUAAGUCCGACCCCGAGACGACUCUCUUCCUUAUCGCCUCCAAGACUUUUACCACUGCUGAGACUAUCACGAACGCGAAUACCGCAAAAUCGUGGUUCUUCGAAAAGACCGGCGGCAAGGGCGAAAUUGCCAAGCACUUCGUUGCCCUAUCUACCAACGAGGCUGAAGUCACCAAAUUCGGUAUCGACAGCAAGAACAUGUUUGGCUUUGCGGACUGGGUCGGUGGCCGAUAUUCUGUCUGGAGCGCCAUCGGCCUUAGCGUCGUCCUAUAUGUUGGCUACGACAACUUCUACAAGUUCUUGUCUGGCGCGCACGCAAUGGACAAACACUUCCGUGAAACUCCUCUUAAGGACAACAUUCCCGUUCUCGCUGGUCUAUUGAGCGUUUGGUACAGCGACUUCUUUGCUGCACAAACACAUCUGGUUGCUCCCUUUGACCAAUACUUGCACCGCUUCCCUGCCUACCUACAGCAACUUUUUAUGGAAUCAAACGGUAAGACCAUCACCUCGGAUGGCUCGCCUGCCAAGUAUACCACUGGUGCCGUCAUCUUCGGUGAACCUUGCACCAACGCCCAACACUCAUUUUUCCAACUCCUCCACCAAGGUACCAAGUUGAUUCCCACCGAUUUCAUUCUCGCUGCCAAGUCCCACAACCCCGUCUCCAACAACCUGCACCAUAAGAUGCUGGCAUCCAACUACUUUGCGCAGGCUGAGGCUCUCAUGAUCGGUAAGACACCCGAGCAGGUCAAGAGCGAAGGUACACCUGAUGAGCUUGUACCUCAUAAGGUCUUCCUGGGCAACCGGCCCACUACCAGCAUCUUGGUAGGCGGCGUAAUUGGACCUGAAGAAUUAGGUGCUCUCAUUGCCUAUUAUGAGCACGUAACCUUCACCGAGGGAGCAGUCUGGGAUAUCAACUCCUUCGACCAGUGGGGUGUCGAGCUAGGCAAGGUUCUUGCCACCAAGAUUCUUAAGGAGCUAGAUGAGCCUGGCAAUGGCGAAGGCCAUGAUGUUAGCACGGGUAGCCUCAUUGGCGCGUUCAAGAAAUUUGCAAGCUCUUGA